UACAUUGAUAGCCAAGCGUACUUGCUGGACAUUGAGCCAAGAAGGAUAGGGACCCAGAGACUUUCCGGAAUUCGCGUUCCGUAGAAUAGGAGCAAAAGGAUGAGCAGCAGCGUGUUAGGAAAAAAUGUCCAACGUACUGGUGCCUGUACGCAAAGGCGUAUUGCUCCAAGAGCGCUAGGUACGGGCUUGGGACUGGCUCACUGUCUCCGCGCCGGGGCGAUCUUAGCUCGCCCCUGCAAGGCUGACGCAACAACGAACCGUGGUGUCGGACGAGGAAGCUCACAGGACGAUAUGGAUUACCAUGAAACAAAGCUCGGUCCAAACGUUAUCGCGUCUGUGAAGGACCUGAGGGCUGGGGGUGUCAAGUGGGGCACCGCGACUGUCGUACGGAAUGAUUCGCAGUCCCUGGACAACAGUAUACGAGUACUGCAUCUGGCUGUAGCAGAUCAUGUGGAUAUGCUGUACGGCAGAAGGGUAAAAGGAGUGCCGGACGCGACCCGCUGGAUCGAGUCGUACACGCUCCCGGGACAGCUGUACCCCAUCGCCAGCAGCCCCUACGCCUCGAGACGGGACUCAGCCUAUGUGGAUGCGUCACUGAUAGAGGUGGUGGUAGAGCGCAGCUGGGGUUCGGAGGAGGUGGCGCUGGCGGAUUUGGGGCCCGGGGCCCAGGUGGAGGUAACCCAGGUCAUUGGUCGCGGCUUCUCGCCCCUCCUGGACAGCUAUAACGGACUCACACACGCACUGGAGGAGGGUCGCAACCUUGUGCUCAUCGCCAUGGGCACACGGGGUAUGGCGGCCAUCCGGUCCGCUCUCAACUGGCAGCCGGUGCUGGCGCACGCGUCCUCCCACUCCCUCACGGCUCUCUACUUGGCGCACUCGCCAGGGCGGGCGGCGUUCGUACCGGAGUGGGAUAGCUGGCGGGAAGCGGGGAUGCGGUUGCGGCCCCUAUACACACACCCAGCAGCUGACGUGGACGACGAUGCGAUUGUCAAUGGGGGAGGUGGCGGCGGUGCGGGCGGUAACGGGGCGCCUGGCGGACAGGGUGGCGACGUCAGCAGCAGCGGCAGUAGCAGUGGUGGUGUGACGGUGUACGGCACUUCCGGCGAUUUAGAUCACGGGCGGUGUAUGGACCUCCUGCAGUUGGCUUUAUUCGCUCAGGAGGGCGGUUUUGAAGGCAAGUACGGUUGUGUAUGUGGCGGCUCCUCCUCCCGCUGCUCCUUCCUCCUGGCGGGGCUGCCUGGGGACAUGGCCUCCACACUGGCCAAGCAGCUCAGUGCCAAGGGGGUGGCGUACGAGCACAUCCUGUUUGCCCAGUCGGACUUCUUCUAA